AAAAGGAGAGAACGAGUGAGGCAAGGCAAAGGAAGGGAAAGCGAAGGCUCUGUGUUGUGUGCGUCUCCAAUCUCCUUCCAUUUGCAUCUUCCUGGCAGGCACAAACACACUCAUACUUACAUACAACAAAGAGAGACAUCUAAAUACUCCAAAGCCAUCUUCAUUUCUUCAUAAAAUUGAUUUUAAAUCUUCUGUACACAGUUACAAUGCUUUAAUUGACGAGUUUUUUUGAUGUCUCUCCCCAAUAAACGCACAAUCAGCAACAUCAAUACCACCAAUACUUAUCACUCCUCCAUGAAGAAGGCUAAGUCUCAGGCCGUCGCCUGCUCCGUCGACCCCGCCAAGAACGGUCUCCACCAUGACUUUAAUAAUGCCAAUAACCCAGAGAAUGAUGUCGUUUUCGACACAUCUUCUAUGUCCCUCGAUGAGGAUCUUAAAACCGACGAAUCUCGUGCCCCUGCCGCCGCCAAUUUGGGACGCAAGAAAGCCCAGCCGCCUCAGCCCGCGAAAAAGCUUGUUAUCAAGCUUGUUAAAGCUAAACCAACACUGCCCUCAAAUUUUGAGGAGGAUACAUGGGCAAAGCUGAAGUCAGCUAUAAAAGCUAUAUUCUUGAAGCAACCAGAUUCCUGUGACUUAGAGAAGCUAUAUCAGGCUGUCAAUGAUCUUUGCUUGCACAAGAUGGGAGGAAAUCUUUAUCAACGGAUUGAAAAGGAGUGUGAAGCACAUAUAUCUGCAGCACUUCAAUCAUUGGUUGGUCAAAGCCCUGAUUUGGUGGUUUUCUUAUCACUUGUUGAGAGAUGCUGGCAGGAUCUUUGUGAUCAGAUGUUGAUGAUUCGUGGUAUAGCAUUGUAUCUAGAUAGAACAUACGUGAAACAAACACCCAAUGUGCGCUCGUUGUGGGACAUGGGCUUGCAGCUUUUCCGGAAACAUCUUUCUUCAUAUUCAGAAGUUGAGCAUAAAACUGUCACUGGUCUUUUGAGAAUGAUUGAGAGAGAAAGAUUAGGUGAAGCUGUUGAUAGAACUCUUCUUAAUCAUCUUUUGAAGAUGUUUACUGCUCUAGGAAUUUACACAGAAAGCUUUGAGAAGCCGUUUCUUGAGUGUACAUCUGAAUUUUAUGCUGCAGAAGGCAUGAAAUACAUGCAGCAAUCAGAUGUUCCAGAUUACUUGAAGCAUGUGGAGAUAAGGUUGCAUGAAGAGCACGAAAGAUGUGUUCUUUACUUGGACGCCAGUACAAGAAAGCCACUUAUAGCAACUGCAGAAAGACAACUUCUUGAGCGCCAUAUAUCUGCAAUUCUAGACAAGGGGUUCACAAUGCUGAUGGAUGGGCAUCGUACUGAGGACCUUCAAAGGAUGUAUGUGCUGAUUUUGAGGGUUAAUGCCCUUGAAUCGUUAAGGCAGGCUCUUGCAUCUUAUAUUCGAAGAACUGGGCAUAGCAUUGUUAUGGAUGAAGAGAAAGAUAAAGAUAUGGUUUCCUCCCUUUUAGAGUUUAAGACUUCCCUUGACACAAUAUGGGAAGAAAGCUUUUCCAAAAAUGAAGCAUUUUGCAAUACCAUUAAGGAUGCUUUCGAGCAUCUAAUUAAUUUGCGUCAGAACCGACCUGCUGAGUUGAUUGCAAAGUUUCUGGAUGAGAAGCUUCGUGCUGGGAACAAGGGUACUUCUGAAGAGGAAUUGGAGGGUACUCUUGAUAAAGUUUUGGUUUUAUUCAGGUUUAUCCAGGGUAAGGAUGUGUUUGAGGCAUUCUAUAAGAAGGAUCUUGCAAAAAGGUUACUGUUGGGAAAGAGUGCUUCUAUAGAUGCUGAGAAAUCUAUGAUUUCUAAGCUAAAGACCGAAUGUGGUAGUCAGUUUACGAACAAACUUGAAGGAAUGUUCAAGGAUAUUGAAUUAUCAAAGGAGAUAAAUGAAUCCUUCAAACAGUCAUCCCAGGCAAGGACAAAACUCCCAUCGGGGAUUGAGAUGAGUGUUCAUGUCUUAACAACAGGGUACUGGCCCACAUAUCCGCCCAUGGAUGUUAGACUACCUCAUGAAUUGAAUGUUUAUCAGGACAUUUUUAAAGAGUUCUACUUAAGCAAGUACAGUGGAAGGCGCUUAAUGUGGCAAAAUUCAUUAGGCCACUGUGUGUUGAAGGCAGAGUUUCCAAAAGGUAAAAAGGAGCUGGCGGUUUCCCUAUUCCAGACAGUAGUUUUGAUGCUUUUUAAUGAUGCCCAAAAGCUUAGCUUUCAAGAUAUUAAGGAUGCCACUGGCAUAGAGGACAAGGAAUUAAGAAGAACGCUACAGUCCCUUGCAUGUGGUAAAGUUCGCGUCCUGCAAAAGUUGCCAAAAGGGAGGGAUGUGGAGGAUGAUGAUUCAUUUGUCUUCAAUGAAGGAUUUACUGCCCCUCUUUAUCGUAUUAAGGUAAAUGCAAUCCAGAUGAAGGAAACAGUGGAGGAGAAUACAAGCACUACUGAGAGAGUAUUUCAGGACCGACAAUAUCAGGUUGAUGCUGCAAUUGUUCGGAUAAUGAAGACAAGGAAAGUCUUAAGUCACACCCUUCUGAUAACUGAGCUCUUCCAACAGCUUAAAUUUCCCAUAAAGCCAGCUGAUCUGAAGAAAAGGAUUGAAAGCCUGAUUGACAGGGAGUACCUGGAGCGUGACAAGAACAACCCACAGAUAUACAAUUACUUGGCUUAAUCCACCUAAUCACAUACACACAUAAAUCUAAAAUCAAAAUCUUUUCCUUGACAAUGACAUGGGAAAUUUCUGUCCAAAAUCCUUAUGCGGCAACAAAAUGUUACUUCCCUUUUGUCAAGAAGAGUACUACUGUACAGAAAGCUGUAGUCCUUUUUUCUUUUUUUAUUAUUUUUGCUGAAUUAACAUUGUAAUUGUAAAUCUUAUUUGGCAUUUGUCUUGAUACACUCAUUCUGGACUUGAGUUUGUUCAAAUAAGUUGUUCUUUGCA